UCCCGAAUCUCCGCGCCGGACUUGUCCAUCUCGCACAACAAAGACAUCGCCAAGAUGAACGGCGAACAACCCACCGACGAGCAGAAGCCGCCUCUAGCGACGCCUGCCGACAGCACCAAUGGCGAGAGCCUCGCCGCGAAGAAAAAGAAGAAGGAGGCCUUGAAACCGAUCGUCACAAACGAUGCCCCGACCAAACAAACUGGCCCAAUCCGAGAUCCACCCUGAUCUAGCGAGACACGAGGCUGCAUCCAUCCACGCAAAUGUUUCUGGAUUGCGGCUUGCGGCUUGUGAAGAUUUCCGUGUCUCAAAAAUGGCGGGCGGCUCCUCGAACCUGGCCUUUGCCUAGUGCAUUUCAUGGCGACAGCAGUUGCAUCGCAUGAGUGUCGUCCAGUGACGAGUGCCCAGCCAACACCCCUGCGAGCUAAACCUGAGAUAGUGUCUGUGAUGGUCUAUCUCUCGCGCAAAGCACAUCAGGCAGUGUCCAGGCAGGAUAUUGCCAUCUCAAUUCAUUUUGCUAUUGAGCAGAACACCGAGGAUGGCGAAAUCGUGCACUCAGCUGGGGCGCUAAGUGGCGCGCUGAAUAUUGAUUGCAUAUUGCUGAGGGGACUGGAGGCGAGCGAUCGCAUGCGGGAUUGGCUGGCGCUGCCCAAAGUCGGUCCCUGUUUCUGCGUUACAGAGGCGCCGAUUGCGCGGACCUUUUGCCCACUGCUCAAGUGCUACACUACCUUACCUUACCUUACUCUUGACGACUCAAUUACCCAGCCCUCUCCCAGUCCUUGCCAUUACGUUGGGCAUCGCUGGCAUCGCUCGUCUUCACCUGCUUCAUUUCCUUUUCUGCAUAGACCUUCUCCCUAUGUUUUUGGGCCACUGUCACGACAGCGACAUUGUACUUGUUUGAAACCGCUCUCGCUUCGACAUUAUAGCGACUGUCAGAGUCUUUCCCGGGACAGCACGCACCGGACCCCCAAGCGCGCACCUCACCUUCGGCUUGCCGUCGUACGCCUCAAUACCACUUUGCUUCUGCGACAUCGCUUUGUGCGAAGAGCACCCAUGUAAAUGGGCACUAUGAGUUUCCUCAAGACAAGGUUGCCAGGCCACCUCUCAUGAGCUACACAACAACCCUUCAUGGCCCCUCCCAUACCCAUCAGCCCAUGAUAGGCUGGCUUCUACCAGGACAUGUCGCUUGUCCGGCAUCAUCUCCAAGCGGAUCGAAGUCGGUCUUGCGA